UUUGCCAACAGCAGCUGCUACUUACUUCCAGUGUGACUCAUAGUUCUUUGUAGCACUGCACUCGAGAGUCAACGACUAGGGCAAAAUCUAUAUUUCAUUGAUGAGUCAAGCAGACUCCGUGGGGCUUGGAGAGUUGUCUAUUAUUACCGGUGGAACCAUGUACACAAUCGUGAAGAAGCUGCUGUUCACGGACUGUCGCUGCGCAGGAGAUGCGACGAAAACGUACGAGGAGCUGUUCGCCAGGCUGGACACCAACAAUGACGGGAAGGUGGAUGUGGCGGAGCUGAAGGCAGGCCUGGCUGCCAUGGGCAUCAAGACGGAGAACCAAGCAGCCCAGAAAAUCAUCUCUGCGGGGGACAAAAACAAAGACGACUUCCUCGACUUCAGCGAGUUUUCAAGGUACCUCAAGGACCACGAGAAGAAGAUAAAGCUGGUCUUCAAAAGCUUGGACAAAAACAAAGAUGGUGAAAUAAACUUAGCAGAGAUUAAGCAAUCACUGGCAGACCUUGGAUUGAACAUCAGCACGGAGGAAGCAAAGACCAUCCUUCAGAGCAUCGAUGCGGACGGCACCAUGUCUGUGGACUGGAAUGAAUGGAGGGACCACUUCCUGUUCAACCCGGUCAACAACCUGCAGGAGAUUAUCCGCUACUGGAAGCACUCCACGGUUCUGGAUAUCGGCGACAGCCUCUCCAUCCCAGAUGAGUUCACAGAAGAGGAGAAAAUCACAGGCAUGUGGUGGAAGCAGCUGAUGGCGGGUGCUGCAGCAGGCGCCGUGUCCCGCACAGGGACCGCCCCUCUGGACAGAAUGAAGGUCUUCAUGCAGGUCCAUGCUUCAAAGAGUAAUAAAAUUAGCAUGGUGAACGGUUUUAAGCAAAUGUUAAAGGAAGGAGGCGUGACGUCUUUGUGGAGAGGAAACGGUGUAAACGUCUUAAAGAUCGCCCCAGAGACGGCCAUUAAAUUCAUGGCUUAUGAGCAGUAUAAGAAGCUGCUGUCCAGCAACUCCGGGAAGGUCCAGACACACGAGAGGUUCAUAGCAGGAUCGCUGGCUGGAGCCACGGCACAAACAGCCAUCUACCCUAUGGAGGUGAUGAAAACCCGGCUGACGCUGAGGAAAACUGGACAAUAUUCAGGAAUGUUUGACUGUGCCAAGAAAAUCCUGAAAAAGGAGGGAGUGAAAGCGUUCUACAAAGGCUAUAUUCCCAAUAUUCUGGGCAUCAUCCCUUACGCUGGGAUAGAUCUGGCGGUGUAUGAGAGCUUGAAGAAUUUCUGGUUGUCCAAACAUGCCAAAGACACAGCAAACCCAGGUGUUCUGGUGCUGUUGGGCUGUGGUACCAUCUCCAGCACCUGUGGCCAGCUGGCCAGCUACCCCCUGGCUCUGAUCCGAACCCGCAUGCAGGCAGCAGCGUCCUUGGAGGGCUCGGAGCAGCUGUCCAUGGGCUCCAUGGUGAAACAGAUCCUGGCCAAGGACGGCUUCUUUGGACUCUAUCGUGGCAUCCUGCCCAACUUCAUGAAAGUCAUUCCUGCAGUCAGCAUCAGCUAUGUGGUGUACGAGUACAUGCGGUCAGGCCUAGGAAUCCAGAAGUAGGCGGCAAAUCUGUCCUCUUCUAAUCGUUGAUGGCCAAAUUCCCCUCUUACACCUGGCGUUUAGAAAUAGUUUACCUGGUGCUCAUCCAAGUGUGCAGUUGGAACCACUGGGGGGAUUUUAAAGUCUCUUCAGCGAAGAUUGGAAAGAAAUCUGCAAACGUUUCACAACAGCACUUCAGAAUGCAUGUUUUCAAUCCGCUUGUGUUUACAAUAUGAUGACAGCUUUAAGUGCACUGACACACUUUGUGUUAACUGCUUUUUCAGUGUCCGAAACCUUUAAAGUGGGAAGUUUCUGUGGGGUUUAAUAGUUGUUUUUGGCAGAAAUUGUAUAUUUUAUUUCUUUUCAUUAGAAUCCAGUCAAGUGACAGACAUCUGUCACAUUUACUUCUAAUCUGAAGCAAAAAAAAAAAAAGCACCUUGUUGGACCAGUUUUCCUUCCAAUUGGAAGCUAUCACUAUCACAGCAGAUCACAAACUCUAGCGUCUCAUUUUUCCUUUUUUUGUAAUAGUAGCACCUUGAAGUCUAUGCAACAUGUCAUACCCCCGCAGGGAAGCAUAAAACGGAGAAACCUGAGACAUCGUUGAAGUGCAAUACUGUAUUUUUCAAAUUGUGUAAAAAAACACUUUGGUUGCAGAAAGACCUCUGAGUCUUUCAUGAAGAUCUUGUCUAUCAGUUAUUAGCAAACCUCUAAACUGAGGCUGUUUAGGGAAAAAACAAACGUGCCUUAUGUGCCUCUUUGACAUCUUAAUUGCUCCAUCCAUCUUUUUCUCUUGCCUUUCUUUCCAAUAUUUGAAUUAUAGAAGCCAUUGUUUACAUAAAUAAAGCCUCUUAUAAUGAGA